UUGCGCGCGCAGCUCCUGCAGGACCAGUUUCUAGAAGCUUGUUGCGGUGGUGUGGGUCAUGGCUGCGGGUCCUGACGCAGUUUCUGCAAGACCAUAAAGUGGAUCCUUGGAACACUUGAUAUUUUGCUGGAGAGUGCCUUUUGGUGGCCUGUGUUGACACUCGAAGUCUAAAGGGGACUGAAUUCCUCCUGGUGAUACACAUUGCAAGCCGGAGUAGCCUGAGCGAGAUGACAGCCAUCCCCCUAGAUCCUCACACUUUGGUCUCAAGUGAACAAAACAAGGUGCUAAGAAUGGAGACCCCUGGGGAUCAAGAAGCGCUCCUAAGAGGAGACACUGUUGACCCAGAGUCUUUCAGACAGAGGUUCAGGUGGUUUUGUUACUCCGAAGAGGCUGGACCCAGAAAAGCCCUGAAUCAACUGUGGGAGCUCUGCAUUCAGUGGCUGAGACCAGACAUCCACACGAAACAACAGAUUCUCGAGCUUUUGGUGUUUGAGCAAUUCCUGACCGUUUUGCCAGGGGAGAUCAGGAUUUGGGUCAGGUCACAACAUCCUGAGAGUAGCGAGGAAGUGGUGACCCUAGUGGAGGAGUUGACCCAAGUGCUUGAAGAAAAGGAAGAUACGAUCUCUCAAGAUUCUGUUAUUUCCCAAGAGGAGAAUCCUGAAGAAGAUAAAACAGUUUCUGUUCUUCCAAAUACUGAGUCCCAAGAAUCCAUGACACUCAAGGAUGUAGCUGUGACCUUUUCCAGAGGAGAGUGGAGGACGCUGGAGCCUUCUCAAAAGGAGAUAUAUAAGGAAGUGCUGCUGGAGAACUAUAGGAACCUAGAAUUUCUGGGCUUUCCAGUUUCCAAGUUAGAUUUGAUUUCCCAGCUAAAGUGGGCUGGACUACCACGGCUGCUGCAAAAACAAGUCUCAAGAGGCUCCAGACCAGAGUGUGAACUUAGCGGUGAAUUGAAGGAAUCUGGCGGAAAUCAAGAUGUUCUUACGGAAGAAUGGACUUUAGAUAAAAUAAUAGAAAGGUAUCUAAUGAGUGGUGAUUGUGACUUGAUGGGAGAAUCCUGUAAACAUUAUGGCAGACUAGAGGAGGGUCGUAGUGAUAGGGAACAUUCACAAGUAGCAAUCACACAAAAGAAAACUCAAGGGAGAGGCAAUAAGGGUGAGGAAUUUGACUCAGAAAAGAGCCCUUUUGGAAAUAACUUCAAACCACCUUCAGACCUAAUUAAACAUCUCAGAAUCUACUUAAGGAAGAAAUCUCGGAGGUAUAACGAAGGCAAGAAACCCUUCAGUUUUCAUUCAGACCUUGUCCCGAACCGCAAGGAACACGGUGGAGAAAAGCCACGAAAAUGUAAUGAAGGCAGGAAAGCCUUAAGUCACUCUUCAUCUCUGACUGAACAUCAGAAACAUCAGAAAAUCCAUUUUGGGGAAAAGUCCCAGAAGUGCAGUAGCUGUGGGGUAGCCUUUACUCAAAACUCAUCCCUUAGUAAGAGAAAAAACUCUACAUGCGAAAAAUGUUGGAAAGAUUUAGGUCAAGAUGCAGCCGUAGAUAAAGACGAGGGAACUGAGACUGGAGAAAAAACCCAUAAAUGCAGCAAAUGUGGAAAAGCCUUUGGCUAUAGCGCCUCACUGACCAAACAUAGGAGAAUUCACACUGGGGAGAAACCCUACAUGUGCAAUGAGUGUGGAAAAGCCUUCAGUGACAGCUCAUCACUCACACCACACCACCGAACCCACAGUGGAGAAAAGCCCUUCAAGUGUGAUGAUUGUGGAAAAUCUUUCACCCUGAGUGCCCACCUCAUUAAACAUCAGAGAGUUCACACUGGAGAGAAACCCUAUAAAUGUAAAGAAUGUGGGAGGCCCUUCAGUGACAGUUCAUCUCUUAUUCAGCAUCAGCGAAUUCAUACUGGAGAAAAACCCUACACGUGUAAAAACUGUGGAAAAUCCUUCAGUCAUAGCUCAUCCCUUUCCAAACAUCAGAGAAUUCAUACCGGAGAGAAACCCUAUAAGUGUGGUGAGUGUGGGAAAGCCUUCAGACAGAAUUCUUGCCUUACCCGACAUCAGAGGAUUCAUACUGGAGAAAAGCCGUAUUUGUGUAAUGAUUGCGGGAUGACUUUUAGCCAUUUUACAUCUGUGAUUUAUCAUCAGAGACUUCAUUCAGGAGAAAAACCUUACAAGUGUACCCAGUGUGAGAAAGCCUUCCCUACCCAUUCGCUCCUUAGCCGUCAUCAGAGAAUUCAUACGGGCGUCAAGCCUUAUAAAUGUAAGGACUGUGGAAAAUCCUUCAGUCAGAGUUCAUCUCUUAAUGAACAUCAUCGAAUUCAUACUGGAGAGAAACCCUAUGAAUGUAACUACUGUGGAGCAACCUUUAGUCGAAGCUCAAUCCUUGUAGAACACCUGAAAAUUCAUACCGGCAGGAGAGAAUACGAAUGCAACGAAUGCGAGAAGACAUUCAAAAGUAAUUCUGGCCUCAUCAGGCAUCGGGGAUUUCAUUCUGCAGAGUAAUUCUUGGAAAUAUAGUAAGGUGGGGGGUGGGAUUUAGUCACAGUUGUCCCUUGUCAAAAACCUGGGGUGUAAACUACCACAACAUUGAUUAGUAGGAAAUUUAGUCACAAUUGUCCCUUAUUAAAAACCGGGGGUGUAAACUACCACAACAUUGGUUAGUAGGAAAUUUAGUCACAUUAGUCCCUCAUUAAAAACCUGGGGUGUAAACUGCCGCAGCAUUGAUUAGUAGCUGCAACUUUGAUGGGUUGGCAGCUAGGAAAAAGAUACUUUUUGUCAUUCACCCCUCUUCUUUGCAAGGAUGUCAACUUUCAGUAGAUAGUGAUUCGGGUUGGUAAAGUCACAUGAAAAGAGAAGAAAGUAGUAGUAUGAGAUGUGAAAUGAUUCUGAAAAGCCAAAUGUGAAUUUAAAAAGCAGGAGAGGGGUGCACAGGGCCCAUCUUACGAACCUCUUCUCUUCAGAUUGCCUUCUCUCCUAGCUUCCGCGUUCACUACCAUGUAGUUUUAUAGAAAGAGGACCUGACUGUAG